ACAAAUGAUACAAAUUCAAAUUACCGGAACUUUCUUAUGAAACGAGGACAACCCGGACAGCUUUCUGAGACGGACUCGAACAAACGCAAAGUCGACGCUGGAGGGAGUUUUGAGCGGCGCAUGGAGGCAGAGUGCUCGGCCAAACACCUCAGAGGCUGACUUAUUUCUUGCUUUAUCGUUGGAAUAUACCUUUUAGCCAUCAUGGAAGCGGACGGCGACAUAAUAACGACGCCGCGAGGUUUUCACUGCACUCUGUGCAAGGUCAAUUUACCAAACCUGCCAAGCUUGGAGCAGCAUGUCAAAGGGCGGAAACACAACACACUGAGCACUGUGCGCAUUACCAGGAAGACCCAGGAGCAGCACAGUGUGUUUGUCAGUGGCCUCAAGCCUAACAUCUCUCAGUCUGAUUUAGCUGAGUACUUCCAGCAGUAUGGUCAAGUCUCAGAUGUUAUCAUGGAUAAAGACAAGGGUGUGUACGCCAUCGUGCAGUUCACUGAGACUGACAGCGUUCAGGCGACCCUGUCCUGUGUGGAGCAUCUGAUGAGAGGCUUAAAGCUGCGAGUCAAACCCAGAGAUAAGAAGGACUUCAAGUUGGUUCCUAAGAAGAAGGACAACCAGAACCUGCAGCAAGCUUUCGACCGGCUCAAACCACAGCUGUGUCAGUUGGUGUCUGUGGAUGCACAGAUGCAGUACGUCGUGGAGCGAUUUCAGCUUGGAGAAAAUGAGAAGAAGGCCCGAGGCUUGCUGGUUCAACUCCUGCAGGAGGUUUUUGUGGAGUUUUUUCCAGACAGCCAGAUUCAGCCAUUUGGUUCAUCUGUCAACACUUUCGGCGUCCACUCCUGUGAUUUAGACCUGUUCCUGGACCUUGAAAACACCAAGGUUUUCCAGGCGCAUGCCAAGUCUACCACAGAACAGGCACGGGAGGGCACGUCAGACGAUGGCCGCUCCGAGGACUCCAUCCUGUCUGACAUCGACCUGUCCACUGCCUCUCCAGCCGAGGUCCUGGACCUCGUAGCAGCCAUCCUUAGACGAUGUGUCCCCAGCGUCCACAAAGUCCACGUGGUCAGCAGUGCUCGCCUGCCCGUAGUCAAGUUCCACCACCGCGAGCUUAACCUGCAGGGGGACAUCACCAUCAACAACAGACUGGCAGUGAGGAACACCCGCUUCCUCCAGCUGUGUUCAGGGGUGGAGGACAGACUGAGGCCUCUGGCGUACACAAUCCGCCACUGGGCCAAGCAGAAGCAGCUGGCUGGUAAUCCCAGUGGUGCCGGCUCCCUACUCAACAACUACGCUUUAACGCUGCUCAUCGUCUUCUACCUGCAAAACUGUGAUCCUCCUGUCCUCCGCACAGUGGACCAGCUCAAAGACAUGGCCUGUGAGGAGGAGGAGUGUGUGAUUGAGGGAUGGGACUGCACCUUCCCUAGUCAGCCUAUUGCUGUGCCCCCCAGCAGGAAUAAACAGGACCUCUGCACCCUGCUCUUCGGCUUCUUCUCCUUCUAUGCUAAGUUUGAUUUUGCCAGUAGCGUCAUAUCUGUGAGGAAGGGGCGUGCACUCCCAAUUACUGAUUUCCUCAGCCAGAAUAAAGAUGAGGAGGCCAUGCAAGAGGAAAAACCCACCAAGACCCAACUUCAUGGUCCCAAACUGGGCCCCCUAAAUCUCUUAGACCCCUUUGAGCUCUCCCACAAUGUCGCUGGAAACCUGAAUGAACGCUCCCACCGCAGCUUCCAGAGGGAGUGCCAGGAGGCCGACAAGUACUGCCGCAGCCUGCAGUACCAGCGCAAAUCCUCCAAGGGGAAAUCAUGGGGGCUGGUGCGCUUAUUCGCCCCCCAUGGAGAGGUCCCAAAGGCCAAAACUGAGCAGCUCACAAUCAGCAUCCCUUUCAAAUCAGCGUCGCUCCCUGAAGUGCUGCGUAAUCAGCUGCACGCGGCAGGAGACGGUUUCCGUCUGAUGUGGUUUCAAAAGGUUUGCUGUGCUGUGGAGGAAGUCUUCCAAAGAGUUCUUGGGUGUCACUUUGCUCCCUCCGCAGUCGAGGACUCUGCUUUUGAUGCAUCCGCGGACAUGGAGACUACCUCCUCGUCCCUCAACACAUCAAUUAAUGACAGCUGUGACAGUGUUGAAUCUCACAACGAACCCAGCCCUGUGGGCAGAGCUGCCGUCGGCGCCAAGAGGCAGCUAUCGUCUGGUAGUGAUGCUUCCGUGUCGCCUCAAGGCAAAAAGCCAAGACUGGCGAAAAGAGGCAGGCCCGAAUUCCCUCACUGGAUCUGUGUGCAAAAGCACAUGGUGUGGGCUGGCAGGAGGAAAGUGAGAAGAGAGCUGAUCAAAGAUACAGACUCGAGGCCAGAAGGCAGCUGCAUGGAGCUGGAGUCACAGGUCACAGCGCACAUCAUAGAAAAGGAGCCAGAGCUCAAGGAGCCCCUGGAGUUCAAGGUCCAGUCCGAGAUGAUCGGAGGCACAGAAAGCACAAAGGCACUGCUCAAGCUGGAGCCAACCAGCGAUGCGGCAGGAGUUUUUCAUGACUUCUUUCAUUUCCUGGAAGCCUUCUUACCCAAGAUGGUAGAGACACUGCUUGAGAAAGAACAUUAAAAUGGAGCCUGUUUCAGGUCAUGUCCCUUAUUUUGAGUUUUCUUUGUUCUCUUUAAAAGAUGCCAUUACUGCUACUUGUAGUAACCCCUUAGAGUGGGACAUGAAAGAGCAUUACCGUUGCUUUAUGUUGACCAGGCAUCGAUUAUAUUUGUAAAUGUAAGCUAUGUCAAGUUUGUAAUGGUUUCAUCUAAAUUUGUACUUUUUUUUGUUUGUUCAGAAUAAGAUUUCCUGAUUAAGCCCUACUUUUGUGUUUAGGACUCAGCUUGGUAAUACAUUUCUGUUUAAAAUCAUUAAAUGAUUGAAGUUUAAAGGUGCUGUACAUGAGAUUCAGAACAAAACUCUAGGCAUGGACAUAAGAGCACAAGCCAGGUGGCUGAGCAGUGCUAGCUAUGCUAGCAGCGCUAAAAGGACUAACAACAGCAACAAAGCUGACGGUGCCAAUGGGGUUUAAAUUGCACUCACAGGGUUAACCUAGGUGAUAAUGCUGUGUCACCACUGUGGGACGUGAUUGACAGCAGUGCUAACAGUGGGCCCUUCUGACAGAGCUAAAGUUUAAUUCACGCUACACCACUUUAGCCCUGUUUUUCCCUUGGCUGACAGUUUUUGGAGCGCCCAACAAAAGCCCUAGAUGAGGGGCAAACUGGUGUUCACUCAACAAAAACUCAAGCCAAUGUGAUAUCUGGUGGGAUAUCUAGUAGGCUCAAUAUCUCAAGCUGUCAAUGAGCUACAGUCAGUGAAGUGGUGUAUGUGUGUGUUUGAGAGAUAAAAAAGAGAGACUGUGGAAAAUGGGCUAUUGAACACAAUGUUUAUGUGAGUAAUUCAGUUUUCCAGGCAGCUGUUUUAUCAUGUUUUGACCCGUCCACCCCAAGCACAGUGAAGUUUUUUACUAAGCUCGAACCACAGACUGUAUCGUGCUUGAAACUUCCCCGACCCACGAGUCAGCCCAGCCAAUCACCAUAAAUACUCGCCUGCAAUUUCUCCUGGAAGAUCUUGGUAGUGUUCGGCCCUCCUGUCACCAAGCGAUCAUGCACUGUCUGUGAAAACCACGAUGUCUUCAAAACUGCAGAUUACAAGACAGCUAGUUGUGUAGUGUGAACAGUGCAGCGAUCUGAUGACUCUGAAAAUCGUGUAGUGUGAAGUUGACCGUGUUAAUGAGGGUUCUAUCACACUCAAAUAUUUGUUUACUGCUAUAUUAAUGCUCUGUACAAAACCUUUAAAAGGGAGACUUCAGUAGCAGGCAUUUACACAGCAUCAACUAAUAAAAAACUGCCUCAUUCUGUACUCAGUAGUUGUGAAUAUUCAGGACUGUAAGUACAUUUAUUUUGCCUUCACGCUCCAUCUCUACAACAGCCAUUUUUUCAUAAAGAACCAGUAAUUUGGUUGGUUUCAGCUUUGCUCCAACAUUGCUGCCAGAAAGCAGCCAUUGAGUGGCGCUUCUAUCCAGUCAGGUCUUUGCUCAUAUGCCUGAGACAGAUGAGAGUAAUUACUCAGGCAGGCAGACUGCUUUAUUACAGCAGGACAAGCAGGAGCUGUGGGAUGCACAGAGCUCCCAUGUGCUGAUUAACAUCAUUCAUCUCAUUUUUAAAGGGAAA